AUGGCGAUGACGCAGAUGCCCAACCUCCUGCAAAGUGCAGGCUGCAGGAAGUUGGCAGGCGAGCUACCAGACACAGGUGCAGAUUCCGUCCCCAUUGCGCUCAAGGAACAAAUCGAUGAAGAGAAAGCCUACUUCGGCGUACUCUUGGAGGACAGCGGCUUGUCCCAGUACCAAUCCAAGCUGCCGGAAGUGGAGAAGAUGUUGGGGAUGCAAGAGGAUCAUCUCAUGAAGAUUGCGUCAGAAGUGGGCAUCAGUGAGCCAAGUGCUUGUCAGAAGUUCUUGAGCGUGAUGAAGGUGCUACAUGAUGGGAGCAUUGAGCAUUGCGUGCGUAGGCGUUUCGUUGCUCUGUUGGAAAGUAGCGAUUUGUCACAGUACCGGCACCAGCUGCUCGGUGAUGUGGAGCAGUUGCUUGCAAUGCAAGACGAAGAUCUGACCGACUUGGCAACAGAGACAGGCAUGAGGAAGGAUGCACGACACAGGUUCUUGUGCAUCAUCAACGUGCUUCGCAGGGAAAACCCUAUCGCUGCCGCGCACUUUGCGAGGCAAUUCGUGAAGCUCCUACACGAGAACGGCUUGUUCCAAUACCGAGCAAAGCUGCCGAACGAGGUGCAGCGAAUGCUUGGCAUGGACAAAGAGGAAGUGACUGACCUCGCCUUGGAAGCAGGUAUGAAGAAGGAUGCGCGGAUGAAGCUGAUGAAUGUGCUUGAUGCGCUGCGCAGCUGGGGCUCAGUUGCUGAGCCCUUUCUCAAGCUGCUGGAAGAGAGUGGCCUGUCCAAAUACCACAGCAGUCUUCUGGGCAGUGUAGAGUGCAUCAUGGCCAUGGAUGAGGAGGACUUGGUUGAUGUUGCGUCCGAGGCAGGCAUGAACAAGGACGACCGACGGAAAUUCGUGCAGGUGGUGGCGGCAUUGCGAUCUCCGGAAGCACAAGGUGAUGUCAGUGACAGCGAUGAUACAUGGCUGCCAGUUGAGAGUGAGCCUCCGCAGAGUUUGAUUGAGUUUCUGGCGCAGAAGGGCUUGGACAAAUACGCGAAGAAAAUGUACAACCAUCCCAACAACUACGGUCACGAGGAGAUGCUUCUCAGCAUGGGCUUGGAAGACCUUCUCGAGGUGGCGAUGGAGUGUGACUUCGCAAAGGAGGACUGCAGAAAGCUCGGAGAGCUCGUGCAGGAAGAGUUGUGGAAGAGGGACGCCGCCCCGUCCAUUGGAGGGAAAUUGGCGGAGACUUUGACGGCAGCGCGGAAGGAGGUUAAAAAGUCCCUCACGAUCAGCUAUCUUCCAUUCAGGCAAGUGGAAGAGCUUUGCUAUAGCUACAAAUUCCCGGAUGGCAUUGCUCCGCCAACACAUCCGUGCGCACUCCGUGUGCUGGAAGCCGCAAUUCCAGAGUCUUUCAUCAAUCGCAACAUCUCGAGGGAUGUCGUUGUACUGGUCGUUGGCCAGACUGGUGCCGGCAAAUCCACCCAGAUUGACAGCAUGCUCAACUACAUCCUUGGUGUCAAGUGGGCGGAGAAGGUCCGGUUCAAAGUCAUCGACGAACAGCAGACGGUCACUGCUGAGUCUUUACAUGCAGGAGCUGCAGCAAGCCAGACCGAUGCAGUCACUGCUUACAAAAUUCCAGCAGUGAGGGAUGGCCCGGUGAAUGCCAACUUUACCAUCAUUGACACACCCGGCUUCGGGGAUACCAGGGGUCUCCAUUUCGAUGCCAAGAUUGUUGACCAGAUGAAGAAGUUCUUUCAGGAUUUUGCCGGUCAAGUUCCCUCGCUAUCGGCAGUCUGCUUCGUCACCCAAGCAUCAGCAGCUCGGCUCACUGAGUCUCAACAGUACGUUUGGGACGCUAUCUUGAGCCUUUUCGGCAAGGACAUAGCUGAGAACAUCGCCCUUUGCUUCACCUUUGCUGACGGUGAAAAACCACAAGCUCUCGAGGCUGUCAGGGCGGGCGGGAUUCCCAUGGUGGCACAUUACAAGUUCAACAACUCCGCUUUGUUCGUUGAUCCGCACAGCCCGGAGACAGGUGCGGUCAGCAAGAUGUUUUGGGACAUGGGCAAACAGAGCAUGGAGGAGUUUUUCCAUGCAUUGGAAAGGUUCUCUGCCAAGAGCUUGCAUUUGACGCAGCAAGUCCUGAGUGAGCGCGAGACCUUGGAAGUUGCCCUCGAGAACUUGGGACCGCAAGUUCAGAUCCUCCUGAGCAAGGCCAGCUCGCUCCAGACGCAAGCAGAGCUCUUCGCCCGUUUUGCCGCAGAGAUGGACGGUUCAAAGGACUUCAAGAUGAAGGUGGCGGUGGACAAGUUCAAGAAGAAACCAACGAGCAACCUGACCACAACCUGCACGACAUGCAACAUGACUUGCCACCAGAAUUGCGCUUUUGCGAAUGAUGCGGACAAGGCCAGAUGCUGCGUCAUGCAAAAUGGACAGUGCACAGUUUGCAGCAGAAGGUGCCAUUGGUCACAGCAUCAGAACCUUCCAUACAUUCUUGAAUGGUACGUGGAGUACCAGCAGGUCACGCAGGAACAGCUGAAGAAGAGGUACGAUGCUGCCAACGAGGGCAAGCUGGACAAGGAGAAAGUCAUGCAAGGUCUUCUGAAUGACUUGGAUUCAGCACACACUGUGUUGGCAGACUGCUUGGUGAGGACCAAGAAGUGCAAGGAACGUCUUGCGGAGAUUGCAAUGCGCCCCAAUGCCAUCCCCAGCGAAGCUUACAUCGAGAUUAUGAUUGAAAACGAGAAGAGCAAGCAACAGCAUGGCUGGCAAAAUCGAGUCAAGGUCUUGCAGAAGCUGAAGAAGCAGAGCGAAUUGCUGAGAGAUGCAGAGGACCCGGAGUUCACGGAAAAGUUGCUCAAGAAAUUCCGGCAGGAUCAGAACAUCUCCUUCGUGGCAGAGAAGUCCGAUAUCGUGAGGAGCGGUCACAAGUCCAAGAGCUGGUAUAAUAAUUGGUUCGGUUCGAACUGA